AAUAACACUGAGAAAAACUAAUCCUUUAUUAAAACUUAAACCAGAAAAGAUGAGAACAAUUUCAAAGGCUUUCCAAAGUGCUAAUUGUGAAAGAUAUAAACUUUUGAGGGCUAUUGCUACGAAAUUUCCCAAAGGAACUGAAACUCAAAGCUUGUAGUACAGUGCUCUAAUGGCGGAAUCAGUGAAAUGAAGGGAAAGCAAAGAGAAAAUAGAAAGAAAGAAAGAGAGAAAAAGAAAAGAUGAAAUUAAAAACGGUAUAGAUAACAAAAAAAGCAGAGAAAAGGAAGAAGAAGGCAGUUAGGACCCACAAUGUUUCUCUUUCUUUUCGUUCCUCUGCUUUCGGACCGUUUCUUACAAAAAAAAAAGAAACUAUUUGGCCAAUUCUUCAUACUGCAGAUCUCGCAGUAUGAAGAACACGAGGUCAUUGUGUUGCCAGCCAACAAGUUAAACCCAAAAAUGGCUCUCAUUUCAGAUGGGUUCAAUCCAUUUUCUCUUCUUUUUUUACAUCCUCAGAUAAUCCAGCAGACCCUUUUGAGUUGCCGUUGGAUGUAGGGGUUCGAUCCCCCCCUCUUCCGCUUUGUGCCGAGCAGCCCAUUUCCUGAUCAGGGUUGAUCUUGAUCGCCCUUGUGUCGUUUCUCCGAUCGAUGCUGUCGGGAUUUGGUGGUUCAUGGGUUGCAUUAGCUCCAAGCACGUAGCUAAGGCGGCGGCAUCACCUGUUUAUAACCAUCAUCAUCAUCGGACCAAACCCAAUAAACCGACCACCACUACAACCGCCACCGUUGCCGCCGAGAAUGGUUCUGUCGUGACCCUGCCGCCUUUAUCCAAAGCUCAUUCCGUGGCGACGCUUGAUUAUGAGAAGAAAGGGGAGGACAAAUCGGAGGAUCGAAGUCGAGAUAUUAAGAAAUCUAAAGGAGGCAAGGGGGGUUCUUUCAGAUUAGGGUUUUCUCAACGCUACGUUGAAGCUGAGCAGAUUGCCGCCGGCUGGCCCUCUUGGCUUAGUAGUGCUGCCGGUGAGGCCGUACAUGGAUGGGUUCCUCUCCGAGCUGAUUCGUUCGAGAAGUUGGAGAAGAUUGGACAAGGUACAUACAGCAGUGUGUUUCGUGCUCGAGAAGUUGAGUCAGGAAAAAUGGUUGCCUUGAAGAAGGUUCGUUUUGACAAUUUUCAACCGGAGAGCAUUAGGUUUAUGGCAAGGGAAAUUAUGAUUUUGCGCAGGCUUGAACAUCCAAACAUCAUGCAAUUAGAAGGAAUAAUUACUUCCAAAAUGUCUAGCAGCAUUUACCUUGUAUUUGAAUACAUGGAACAUGACCUUGCAGGGUUAGUGUCUUCUCCUAAUGUCAAGUUCAGUGAGGCACAGAUCAAGUGUUAUAUGAGACAGCUUCUAUCUGCAAUUGAGCAUUGCCACCUUCGGGGUAUAAUGCAUAGAGACAUUAAAGCAUCCAAUAUUUUGGUAAACAAUGAAGGAGUUCUGAAGUUAGCAGAUUUCGGACUAGCAAAUGUCAUAAACUCGAGAAACAAGCAAGCUCUAACAAGUCGAGUGGUGACAUUAUGGUAUCGCCCACCCGAGCUUCUGAUGGGUUCAACAGAUUACGGAUUAACUGUGGACCUCUGGAGUAUAGGAUGCGUAUUUGCUGAAUUGCACCUGGGAAAACCACUUCUUAAAGGAAGAACCGAGGUUGAACAAUUGCACAAAAUAUUCAAACUUUGCGGCUCCCCACCUGAAGAGUUCUGGAAAAAAACAAAGCUUCCUCAUGCAGCUAUGUUCAAACCCCAACAUUCAUAUGAAAGUUCUCUGAAUGAAAAGUGCAAAGAAUUUGCACCAUCCGCAGUGAGCCUAUUAGAAUCUUUUCUUGCCAUAGAACCUUACAAGCGUGGAACCGCCUCAUCUGCUCUCAUGUCUGAGUAUUUCAAAACGAAGCCAUAUGCUUGUGAUCCAUCUACCUUGCCCAAGUAUCCACCAAAUAAAGAAAUGGAUGCCAAAAAUCGUGAAGAUGCGCGAAGGAAGAGGGCUAAUGCAAAAGCAAAAGAGACAGGGGUAACACAAAGGCCUAGAAGAGUUAGAAGGAAUUUCCAAGAAUUGAACAGUCAUAAAGUGCCAAUCAAAGAGGGAGCAGAAGAAAACAUUCAACCUUCUCGACGGAAUGGCAGCAAUACUGCCAACCUUUCCAAAGAACAAGGUGACGUUUUCCAAAGAGAUCCUCAGAAGCAACUAUUUGAUACAACAUCAGAGUCCCAGGCUGCAACAGCACCAAAUCAGCGAGGAGAUAGUGCAUUCACAGCCCCAAUACCGGUCUCAGCAUCUAGUGGUUUUUCUUGGGUAAAGAAGCGAAAAGAGGAAGCUACAUCUGCAAUAUCAGAUGGUCUUAAGAGCCAAAUAAGUGCUCUGGAUCCAUCCUUUGCAAAUUACACCUUUGAAAUAACAAAAAAACAGAAUGGACACACAUACAUUCCAGUCAGUUCAGGCACGCAGGACUACGAAUUACGAAAACACCAUAGAAGAAAACACAAUUUCCCCGAGUCUUUUGAUGCAUCCGAAGCAUACCCGUUCUUGGAUAUGUCCAAUGAACUAUAUCCAAAACCACCAUCCAACACCACAGCAAACCUCGACAACGAUGAUACAGAAUCACACAUUGAAUUCUCAGGACCGUUGUUAACACAACCCCAUAAAAUAGACGAAAUCCUUCAAAGAAAUGAAAGUCAUAUCCGACGAGUGGCUCGAAAAUCCAGGUUUGAAAAAGAUAAGUGAUUCGGGCAUUAUCCUGUGCAAUAGAGAUGAUAGACGUACAUAACAACCACACUUAGCAGCAGCAGUUCCAAGACCUGUGUCCACAACGGAGCUUAGAUUGACCAUUUGCAAACCCGACAACAAAAGAACAAGCGUAAAGGAAGCAGAAAAGAAGAAGCUUCUAGAGAUAUACAUACAUUUAUUUGAGAUAUUCAGACAAGUUGAAUGCAAAAAAAAAAAAAAAAAUACCCGUCGGAUGCAAUUGAUCAUCUUUUUUUUUUUUCGAAAAACGUGGUUUUAGCUUUUCCUGCAUCGUUCUUAUCAUCUGAAUGAACACCCAAAAACAUAUAAAUAUAUAAAUGCCAAUUUCAAUUUAUCAUACUCUCCACCAUCAAAAAAAACAAAAUAUACAUUCUACCCAAAAAAACAUAAUUAAAAAAUGAAUUCAUGAGCAAGUGGUCAAAAUUACAAUAAGAAAGCGAACGAUGAAAGAUAAGAAUAAAGAAAUUCGGAAAAAGAAAAAGGGAAAAAAUAGAAUUUGAAUGUAGGGCGAAAUCCCUCGCUUUGACUGCAAAAGCUUGGGCAGUAAAGCGGCCAUGGAAGCCCUCACCGGAAAGUGAUAAUGUUAAGCCCAACGCAACUGAGAGUGCGCCACAAUUUGAAAAAACCUCUCCCUGUGGAAUACCACGCCACCCCUAACUCAAGAGGGAAGCGCUCGGCCUCGG